AUGCAAUUACAAUUGACGAAUUUGGCCCUGCUUUUGGCUGCUUUAACUUUCGUUGCUGCUAAUGCUGUGGGUGUAAGUGAGAGUUUUAGUGACCUUCGCUGCGUAUUGAAAUAUGAGUACAGACCAAAGUUUUGGUUCUCCCACUUGAAAUAUAUUAACUACUAUGGAAGAGGUCAUAUUGACGAUUGGGAUAGUAUAGUGAUAACCUAUAUAGAUGAAGAGCAUAGAGAUUUUUUAAGGAAGGAAAUGGAGGGCGCAUUGGAAGGUUUCAAUGAGAUGAGAUUCCUCUUACUGAAAGAUGUAAAAGUGGGUGAUACCUUGGGCAAAAGUUUUGGAAAACCCCACAAUUAUUUUCCUAAUGUGAAGCAGGAUAGCGUAUAUUAUGAUCCCGGGAUACUUGGUGUAAUUAAGACCCUAGCUAAAACUAUGGUAGCGGCGUUAGAGCUAGUUAAGAAGUUGGUGUAUAGCGCUCCCACUGCUAUUAGAAGUUUAGUGCUAUUCAAAGUAGCAAUAAGUCGUAAUGCAGGUUUAAUCUAUGAAGGUGGAAUAUAUACCAUCUCGCUCAGAGGAAAAAUCUGGCGAGUCGCUGCAUUACCUGCUGAAUUUGACAAAAGCUAUGAUUCGACUGCAGCUCUUAACUUAACGGAUAGAAUUGGUUUCUGUAUAGAUGAUAAGUUCAAGCAGAAUCCAGGCGAUUCAUUAAGUGGUUGGGAGUGCCUCACUGAUCAAGACAAUAAUUGGAUGCCUGCCAUAUAUUUUAUGAGAGGAGACUCUACUCAAGAAGUGUGGGGUUUUAGAAAGGUUAGGGGAUUCUUUUCUAGGUAA